AUGGAUUUGCAGGGGAAUGACAGUCUAAAUGGGACUCUUGACUUCACUGCGUACGGAGGGCUGAGCCAAGUAGGAAAAUUCUUUAUGGUUUGUGCCAUAUCCAUUGCCAUGGUUUGUCUGGGAUGUGCCAUGGAGGUCGCCAAGAUCAAGGCUCACAUUAAAAAUCCAAAAGGAGUGGGAAUUGCACUUGUGGCUCUGUACGGGGUCAUGCCUCUGACGGCCUUCUCUCUGGCUAAGGCGUUCCAGUUAUCAGAGAUGGCUGCUGUGGUGGUGUUGAUCUGCAGUUGUUGUCCUGGAGGUCUUCUGUCCAACAUCCUGAGCCUGGCCUUCAGUGGAGACAUGAACCUCAGUAUCGUGAUGACCACCUGCUCCACCCUCCUCGCCUUGGGGAUGAUGCCUCUGCUCUUGCUCGUGUACUGCCAGAGUUUUGAGGGUCUCCAGGAGGCCGUCCCCUACAGAGAUAUAGUUUUAUCCCUGUUGACCAUCCUGACCCCAUGUGGAAUUGGAAUACUCCUCAACCACUACAGACCACAGUACUCCCGCAACAUCCGCAAGGCAGGUCUGAUCCUGUCUAACACGUGUUUCCUGGUGGUGGUUGUGCUCUCCGUCCUGGAGAAUGGAGAACAGACCUUGUCCGUCCUGGCUCCGCCCAUGUUGGCCAUCGCUCUCCUGAUGCCAAUGAUCGGAUACACCUUCGGAUACCUCCUCUCCUUCCACUACAGACUCACAGAGUCGCAGUGCCGGACAGUAGCGAUGGAGGCCGGCUGUCGGAAUGGGCAGUUGUGUAUGGUCCUGGUAAAAAAUGCCUUUCCUCGAGAAGCAGUGGGCCCUCUGUUCCUCUUCCCUGUGGUCUACAUGCUCAGUCAGCUCAGUGAGGCUCUGGUCCUGGUGCUGCUGUUCAGGACUCACCGCUGCUGGCAACAACGGAACAACAAAAAAGGGACGUACCAGGUGGCUGAUCCAGAAAUACGUCAAGUUGGAGAUCAGGAAAGAGCUGUUAAAUGA